AUGGGAAUUAAAAACUUUGUUUUGGCAACAACGAAAGGUUUAGUACUUGAUUUUGAAUUUUAUCAAGGUAAAUCAACUCCUCUGCCAGAUGUUGGCCUUGGUCUUGGGCCAUCUGUAAUACUUCGCCUUGCUCAAACAUUAGCUCAAGGUGCAAGACUAUAUUUUGACAGAUAUUUUACAGCUUUGCCAUUAUUGCAACAGUUACUUGACCUAGGGCUGGAAGGAACAGGAACCAUAAUGAAAAACAGAGUGAAACCAGUUCACCUGACAGAAGAAAAAAGACUGAAGAGAGGAGAUAUGGAAGAAUUCUGCAGGGACGAUGAUAAAAUAGUGAUUGUCCAGUGGAAAGAUUCAAAAGCUGUGACCCUUGCCUCUACUUGUACAGGAUGUGAACCUGUAAGCAAUGUUGAGAGAUGGAGUAAACCAGAAAAGAAGUACAUCUUAGUGCCAUGUCCUGCACUUGUAGUGAAGUACAACCUGUGUAUGGGAGGAGUGGACCUCUGCGAUCAAAUGAUGGAGACCUACAGGACUUUCUUGAAGACAAAAAAGUGGACUUUAAAAGUUUUGAUUCAUUUACUUGAUUUGGCUUGCAUCAAUUCCUGGUUACAAUACAAAGUUGAAUGCGAAGCCAAUAAAGUACAAAAGAAAAACACUUUAGAUCUUCUUGGAUUCCGACAGGUGAUUGGGGAAGUGCUAAUUUCUUCUUCUUCAGGACAGGAACAUGAAAAUGAAUCCGACGAAGAGCCACCAAAUAAAAUGUACAAACCAGCAAACACACCAUGUGAUGAGAAGCGGCUAGACGGAUAUCAUCACUGGCCAAAUGUUGAUGAUUUGCCUUCCGCUUUUGCUGCAGGUAAAAAAAAUGCAAGAAGAGGACGAGAAUAA